GUCUUUUGAGAGCUGUCAAGCACACGGUCUUUAUAAUGUAACAAAAUAUAUACACAUUUUAAUAAUCAUUGGUUUCCAAAAUGUGUUUUAAGCCGCGCCUUUUUUGUUUUUUGAAAUUACCUGAAGUGCUUACGCUAAGCUGUCAAACACACGGUCUUCAUAAUGUAAACCAAAUAUAUAUUUUCAAAAUUAUUGGUUUCCGAGAUGUGUUUCAAGCCGCGCCUUGGCCUAAAAAGACUAACCAAGCAGGUGCACAAGUGGAUAGGUCGUCGGGAAUAUGGUUCUAUAAGUAAGGCCUCAGGUAUGGUCAAAUAUCACGAGCAGCCAGAUAAGUCCGAAGGAGACCCCAAGCUGUAUCGGACCUUGAGUUUAUCAAAUGGACUUCGGGCCAUGCUCAUAUCCGAUCCUUAUAUUGACAACCAAGUUUCCAGCGAGAGUUUGGGUUCUUCAGCGGAAUCGUUUCAUGGUAAAUUGGCAGCCUGUGCAGUUCUCGUUGAUGUUGGAUCAUUCAGUGAGCCGCGAGAAUAUCAGGGUCUAGCCCAUUUUGUGGAGCACAUGAUGUUUAUGGGAUCCGAGAAGUUUCCUGUUGAGAAUGAAUUUGACUCGUUUGUUACUAAAAGCGGAGGCUUCAGUAAUGCGCAUACUGAGAACGAGGAGACGUGUUUCUACUUUGAAGUGGACGAAUCUCAUCUCGAUAAGAGUAUGGAUAUUUUUAUGAAUUUGAUAAAGGCUCCCCUGAUGCUGUCGGACUCCAUGAAUCGCGAACGCUCGGCCGUUCAGUCGGAAUUCGAGCAGACUUUUAUGAGCGAUGAUGUACGCAGAGAUCAGAUUUUGGCAAGCUUAGCAAGUGACGAUUAUCCACAUGGCACUUUUAGCUGGGGUAACCUGAAGUCUCUUCAGGAGGGCGUUGAUGACACCCAACUGCAUCAGGCCCUUCACCUGUUCCGUCGCAACCAUUACGGAGCCAAUAGAAUGAUAGUGGCCAUUCAGGCUCAGCUUUCCCUGGAUGAACUUGAGGAAUUGCUAGUCCGACAUUGUGCGGAUAUUCCCAAAAGUCAGGAGAAUGCAAGAGACUUGUCCAAGUUUAACUACCAAACAGCCUUUCGAGAGGAGUUCUUCAGAGAUCUCUUCUUAGUUCAGCCAGUUGAAGAUGUCUGCAAAGUUGAGUUCACUUGGGUCUUACCACCAAUGAAGAAAUUUUACCGCUGUAAGCCGGAUUCCUUUCUGGCACAACUUAUGGGUUAUGAGGGAGUUGGCAGUCUGUGCUCUUAUUUACGUCGACGUCUUUGGUGUAUCAGCGUUAUGGCUGGAGUUUCCGGAAGUAGUUUUGACUCAAACUCAAUUUACUCUCUAUUCACCAUCUGCAUAUAUCUUACUGACGAUGGCUUCGAUCACUUGGACAAUGUCAUGGAGGCCACAUUUGCGUGGAUUAGGCUUCUCAUCAACAGUGAUCGGCUGCCAACUUCCUAUAGGGAAUUUCAACAAAUAGCGAACAAUAAUUUUCGGUUUCAAAUCGAAAUACCCUCCAUUGACAAUGUUCAAAGCAUUGUUGAGAACCUCAAUUACCUGCCAUUCAAAGAUGCCCUUACAGGACCGCAGAUAUAUUUUCAAUACGUUGAAUCCGAUAUUCAGCUUUUAAGAGAGCAAUUGAGUAAAUUUAAUUUUAACAUCAUGAUCUCGUCCUAUAUACCAUACGAACAGAAUGAGUACGAUCAGAAGGAACCAUGGUUUGGAGCCCAAUACAAGACCAUUGCCAUGCCACCAAAAUGGAUCAAAUUGUGGCAGGAGCCAACUACUUUCAAGGAGCUACAUUUCCCGGAUCCCAAUCCAUUUGUGACCACUGACUUCACACUUCAUUGGAUCGAGGCGGGUAAGCCACAUAUUUCGAGAAGUCCGAAAGUUCUACUUAGAAAUGAUUUAUGCGAGCUGUGGUUUCGGCAGGACAAUGUCUUUCAACUUCCCAACGGGUAUAUCAACCUAUACUUUAUUACUCCUCUAGUUCGGGAAAGUGUCAAGCAUUAUAUGCUCGGUGUUCUCUAUACCUACUUGGUUGAAUUUGCCAUGGCUGAAGAGUUGUAUCCCGCUUUGGAAGCAGGUUUGACUUAUGGUCUUUAUAUCGGCGAUAAAGGAUUGGUCAUGCGGGUCAGUGGCUACAAUGAGAAACUUCCUCUUUUGGUGGAAAUAAUUCUGAACGUAAUGCAAGCCGUAGAUCUGGAUGUGAAUCAAGUAGCUUCAUUUAAGGAUCUCAAAAAGCGUCAAAUAUACAAUGGUUUAAUUAAUGGCAGAACCCUGAAUCUUGAUUUGCGCCUUAGCGUGUUGGAAAAUCAGCGUUUCACCAUGAUAUCCAAAUAUGAGGCCAUUGAUGCUAUUACAGUAGAAGACAUAAAAAGCUUUAAAGAUAAUUUUCAUAAGAAAAUGUAUGUUAAAUGUCUGAUACAAGGGAACUUCACUGAAGAGCAAGCCACAGAGCUAAUGCAAAAAGUUCUUGACACUUACAACAGUGAAAAGAUUGAAAACUUAUCAGCUUUGGAUAAUAACAUAGUGCAGUUGCCUCUAGGAUCUUAUUAUUUGAGGGCAAUGACUCUGAACGAGGAUGAUUCAAAUACAAUUAUAACAAACUACUAUCAGAUAGGACCAAACGAUCUGAAAGUGGAAUGUUUGAUGGAUUUGGUAGAGUUGAUCGUGGAGGAACCAUUGUUCAAUCAAUUGCGGACUCAAGAACAGUUGGGCUAUAGCCUUGGAAUAAGUCAGAGAAUCGGUUAUGGUGUAAUUGCUUUUUUAAUCUUCAUCGUCACUCAAGAGACCAAGCACAAAGCUGAUUUCGUAGAGCAACGUAUCGAAGCCUUCAGAUCUCGAAUGUCGGAACUUGUAUCACAAAUGAGCGAAGAAGAUUUCAAUGAUAUUCGAGAAAUUCUGAUUAGUUCUAAAAAAUUGGGAGACACCAGCUUGGAUGAAGAGGUCAUGCGGAAUUGGAGUGAAAUUGUCACCAUGGAGUAUUUCUUCAAUCGCAUGGAGAUGCAAAUACAAACCCUGAACAGGUUAACAAAGGACGACGUUUUGAAUUUCCUAAAGGACUACGACAAAAAUAAUUUAAGGAAACUUUCCGUGCAAGUUGUGGGAAAUCAAUUGUUGCCUUCAGAUUCAAAAUCCACAGAUAACUUAGAAUACGAAAGUCGCCCUGGAUCUUUGUCAGAUUUAUUAGAUGAUGAGCAAAACAUUUCCAAUCAUCAGAUUUCAAAUAAACCAAUAGCCGAGAAGAUCAAGAUUGAGUUUUUAGGAAAAAGCGAUGACCCCUCAAAUAUUAGGGACAUUUCGGCCUUUAAAAAAUCCCUCUAUGUCUAUCCGUUGUUCAACACAAAUCCAAACCUUGCUAAUAAAUCUUAAAAAUUAUACAAA